UGAAAUACGUGUAUUACGGUAUUGUAUUAAUGUAAAUAAUCGAGAGGGAAUACAAAAAAAUGCAUGCAUAUAUUAUCGCUUGUUUAAUUUAUUAAGUUUAUUCAUUUACAGACAAGAAAGGUACUCCACAAUCAUCUAAUAAUGGGAGUGAGUCUACCGAUUAUGAAAGUUGCGUUGAGGAAGUUACGGUUGAACAAAAAUGGAUGGAUGAAAACAAAGAGGUCGAGAUUGAACAGAGGUGGUUGAGCAGUGAUAACGAUGUUGUCAGUCUGGUGGAGUCUCUUUCAAUAAAAAAUGCUACGGAUAUUUCACAGACAGCAACAUCGGCAACAAGGCGUGAUUGUGCCACCCAGACAAGCGACAAUGCAACUGGGCCUCCCGUUCUAUAUCAGGGUCCUUCCAUGCCUCCCAGUUUACCGUAUGGGGGUUAUCCACCACCACAUCAUUAUGGAGGUUAUCCACCUUGGUCGACUGCUUCAGAUUGUGCUCCAUUUGAGUAUGGUCCCCGCUAUCCAGCACCAGGCUACGGUUAUCCUGCCAAUCCUCCCAUACAACCUUGGAUGAUGCAAAUGCCACGGAGCAGCAUGCAAUUCAGAUCACAGUACAACCCGGGCAUGGGACCAGCAUAUCACCAACAAGCUCAAUAUCAGACGCAAGGAUCAUGCCAGCAUCAGUACCCGCCUAAAGCCUCCCUCCGACCUCCAAGGUUUUAUCCGCCCCGGACUCUCCCAAGUAAACCAUCUUCCGUUGAUACCUCAACGCCGACAAUUACACCGUGUCCACCACCUUCAGCGAGUGACUUUUAAGGAGUUUACAACCUCGAUAACCCGCUAGUGCUUCCUUCGAUAAGCGAGUAGAAUAGGGUUUUCUUUUGGCGAAACUGGUGUUGCACUGUUAUGUUUAUGUUCUUUUGGUGCGUGCUUUGAAUUAGUUAAUGCAAAAAUAUCGCACGAACUGGAUGAGCUCGUUCUAGUGUACUCAACUGGCAACAGUGUCUCAUUUCUCAGCUUUGACUUGUGGCUCUGCGAGCAACCAUGCUUUGCAGCAAGUUUUCUCGUGUUUUUUUUCUCAUGGAGCCUGUAUACCAAGAAAAACUACGGCCAAUGCUGCUCGUGUUGUAAAAAUGACCUCAAAACUUGACGCCUGGAGUACUUGUGGUGCUUUGACAGUGCUGCCAUGUUGUAGGAUCUUUCCCUAAUCUUGGGGAAUUUUUACUUGGUGAUUUUUUUGGGAAUAUAAUGAUCUGGGGGAGAUCACACGUUUCGCGCAUAGAAGCAUCCCCUCGCUCUUUGAACCGAACCUACCCCUUUCCAUAAUUAACUGUGAUUAGUGGAUUUUUUUUUUGAGAAAUUCUAUCCAACGCAUCUGGCUACUCUGUGCUUUGACAGAUUCGCCAUAUGAACACUUUUCUCCUGAUAUAUAGUCUCCAUAGCUUUUUCUUGGAACCUAUAUACCAGGAGAAAGGUCGAAAUGAGAAAAAAAGACCCCAAAACUUGACGCCUGACUGAGAGCGCCGUGAUCGAAGCGAAUACCAGCUACUGGUUUUUAAACCUAAUUUUUACGUAUGAAUAAUAAUACUAGAGCAUAUUAAAGCAGCAUUUCCUUUGUCAGGUUAUCUAGUCUACUAUUAUUUAUCAUUAAAGUUUUAUCAAAAAACAGAAACAUGUAGAUUCAAGCAGGCGGACCUUAGACUCUUAGGAAAGUGUCCCCCAAAUCAAACGUAAAUAAUGGAAAGGGGUAUGUUUGGUUCAAAAAGCGGGGAGGGGGGGAUUUCAACCAGAACAUUACAUCCCCAAAAAAUUCUCCAUGUGAAAAUCUUCCAAAUUUGGGGAAAAUCCUCCAACAUGGCAACCCUGUCAAAACACCACUGCGCUCCAGGCGUCAUGUUUCGCGGUCGUUUUCAUAGCACGGACAGCAUUACCGUAGUUUCUCCCGGUAUAUCGACUCCAUGGAGAAAGAAAUGAAAGAAUACUUUUCAUUGGAAGAUGACGGCACGAGACCCCAAAUGACACGUUUUAUGUUCUUUUGGGGAAAAAUUUAGGAUAAACAGGGCAUAGGUUUCAAACGCGGAAAAGGCACCAUCUUUAGCAGAAAGAGGUUAGAAGUACUUACAAGUUCGCGGAUCGAGUGUUUGUGUUCACGUGGGAAUAAAUGAGAUUUGGAUUGAGUUUUUUUGCGUUGUAUGGUUGCUGUUUAGGUCAAAAGUGUUAGGGCAAUGAGACAGAUAGUUGGAGUGUGAGUUUGAAUUUAUCGUAUAUGCAUUACAAAUGUUUUCAUAAAAGUUCUCUACAAUAUUAUUUUCUAUAAACAAUACGAAACAAUGAAAUUCAAGUUAGUUUAUUUGACAUGUUUGGUUGCCGCAUGCUACAAUUUGAACGUAUGUCCCAAAUGUUUUAACCUUUGAGAUACAGAUUUUUUUUCUGAAAACUUUACCGCCCUGUAUCUCAAAGAUCAAGACGUUUAGGACAUACGGUCAUGUGAUUUUUUUCUCAAAAGGGGCCUACGAUUCACUUUCUUAAAUAUUACCAUGUGAUUAAGGAACUACCGGUAUUUAAAAAAAUAUUUCGAUCGUAUUUUAAUAUUGACGACUAGGUUGAUGAAGCUUAAUUAUAAAAAAGAUUGUCAGUUUAUAUAUAUCAAGACUGCAUCUAAAGAACUAAUCUCAGUUUGACAAUAUGUGCAUUAUUUUGUACAAUGACUUAUAGAGAUUCUCUCUCCUGUUGUGAUGGAAUUAUUUAUGUGCCUUAAUGCAAUAUUCUGUAGGAAAGCUCUGUUUUUGUUAUUAAAGCAGUAGUUGACGGUUGACUGCAGCUUGAAUGAUACACAAAAUAGAGUUUGAUUACUGCAAACAUAGAAGCCAAAUUUGUGUUUUUAUACAUUAGAAAUGUGAGUUUCCAUGUUUAUUUAUAAUAUAACAAUUGUUUUCUUUAUGUUUCUUUUGUGUCUAUUUUGUAUAUUAUUACUGAAAACUGCUAGUUAUUUAUUUUCGAUCUGUAUGUUCCGUAUCGGUACAUUAUUUUAAGCGUUUCUUUUGCAUGUUUAAAUGCAGUUUUUUUUGUAUGAUGUAAAUAAGAG